AACAAUCAAACGAGUUUUGUUUUCACUAAAAGCUUGGAAAUUUCAAGAUUCAGACGAUAAAUAUAGCACGGGAAAUUGCUGUUUUUAGUUUCGAAGGGUGUUUCCUGAUCAAGAUCAACUAUCCCAUCCACCCAAGAGCCAACAAAAUAAGAACUGGAGAUUUAUCUAAAGUAAGCCCUUUUUAUUUAAAGUGUACUUUAUAUCUUCGACACUUAAUCCAUCAGCACUGAAAUGGGUUCUUCGGUGGCAUCGAAAUGGUUUUUUUCUCAUAGCGGACGACAGUGAAAAGGAAAAAGCAGAGCAAAAUAGCAAAGGAGAAUCCAUCUCUGCUCGUUUCUCCAAGUUCAAUCCGUGCAAGAGUUCCAAAAUGAAUUCCACAACACCAAAUAUGGACAUCGACCCAAGUCAAUCAAACAUCAUCGCAGCCAUGUUUGUUGCACUACUCAUAUUCCUGACAAUACUGGGAAACUCCCUCGUAUGCGCCAGUUUCUCCAUCUUCCCAGAGUUGCGCACGAUCUGUAACUAUUUCGUGGUGAGUCUUAGCGCGUCUGACAUUCUCGUAGCGUUGGUGGCCAUGCCGUUCUGGUGCGCCCUUCAAAUCACCGACAACCGAUGGAAUUUUGGCCCCGAACUAAAACUUUUCUGGGACUGCAUGGAUAUAUUAUGUGGAACAGCAUCAAUAAUGAACUUGAUGGCUGUCAGUAUCGAUAGGCAUUUUGCAAUAACAAUGCCUUUUUAUUACGAAAAUAUUAUGUCGUCAAAAAAAGCUAUCGUUAUAAUCUUCUUUGUUUGGGUCUACGCCGCGGUCAUUUCUUGCCUUCGUCUUGUUCGGUGGCCUGGUAACGAAUACAUGGACAUUGCAGCGUUUGGCAGCUUUUUUUGUCCGCUGGCUAUAAUGAUCGUCAUGUAUAUUCGGAUUUAUUUGGUUGCAAGGCAACAGGUACGACGGAUAGGACGGAAUUACACGACUGAUGUCAAAGCAGCCAAGACUAUUGCAGUCGUGAUAGGAGUGUUUGUUGCUUGUUGGUGCCCAUUCUUUAUCGUUGUGAUGGGGUUUGCACACGUCCCUGGUUUCAAGGUCUCUAAUGUGGUUUUAAACGUCAUCAAGUGGCUGGAAUACCUUAAUUCGUGUCUAAAUCCUGUCAUCUACACUUGUUUGAAUCGUGGCUACAGAAGAGCAUUCAAGAAACUGUUCUUGCGCUUCAUUCGGUUCCGGAGGCAGAGAGCCACAAGCAAUGUGAGUCAGCGAACUGUCCGCCUGAACUCAGACUCGGCCAGUUUGACUUACUUUCAGCCAGAGGGCAAAAGUAUCUCACAAAGACUAAGAAACAGUUCACUACUGGGAGAAUGUCUACGAACGCAGUGGGCAGAUAAAUAAGGCACGUCUGCUAGAUCAUCCUAACCGCGCAUGCGUGGCGUCCCUUGGUCUCCCUCGCAUCCGUUUUUAAAGGCGUACCAAUAAAUUCUUAGAUAUUAAGGUUAUAACUUAAAGCAAAGACACCACGAAAAGUGUGUUAGAUAAAGUGGGGUAGGGAGGGGGUGGAUACCUCCCUUUCUUCCCGCAUGGAAGUGUGGCUCUUUCUUGUUUCUAGUAUUUAGACAAAAUAACGAGGACAUUCGGCCUGUUUACGGAAGGAUCAGUCAUAUAAUUAGCCGAGAAACAGAGAAAAUGCUGCCUCAUGUUUCAUUUCCACAUAAUGAAAGAGGGCAACUGCAAUCUUUUGCUGCUAACCUAGAAAUGAUUUAUUAGUGUAUACAAAAACAUGCAAACUUGCAUGCAUUCACUUUAACAUAAAGGAAAAUUUUUACUACUUUCUAUUAUUUUUGUAAUUUUGAUUAACCAUGGGAGAAUCUGACGUUUUUGAAGGAAGAGUAAGAAACCCCAAUUGCUGUGCGCUUUGAGGCUAAAAAUUAAAUUAAAAAUUGACGAAACAAAAGGAGCAGCCUCUAGAGCUAUGGCCACACUUGCUACCGAUGCAGGUCAACGUUUUCCACCAUACUUAUAUAGACAAAACAUCCCUGAGUAUUUGUUAAGUUACCUGCUCGACCAUACUGCCUGAUUCUUCCUUCUGGAUUCUACACCCUAAUCACGUGACAUCAGAAAGCCACGUGACCAUAACGAAUCACGUGACCUGACCUCCAUGAAUUCAAGAUUGUUUUCGAUCAACAACUUUGUUACACAAACAUAUCUUGAAAAUACUCUUCGAAUUCUUCCUCCCUGAAAAAUAGAAAUGGGGGAUAUUAGUUGGUCUUCGUUUUGCACUGUUAUUUUUUCUAUUUAUUGAGACUGGUUCAGUAGUUUUACCUUGUUUUGUCCACCUGCACUUUAGCAGGCCCCUUCCAGAUAUCUUCUGGCUCGUCAUCUUUACUCGUACUUGCUCUCUCCUCACGAGAAUCUUCAAGAAAAAUAAAAUAAGUAGAGUUACCAAGUAUGUGAAGAUCAGUUAUUAGACCAUGAAUGUAUUUUAUAUGAUGCAAUCAAGAUGUGCAUCACAUUAUUGGAUGUUUAUACAAAAAAUAACCCAAUGUAAUAUCUCAUAAUACUUCACUCCAGGGCACGGUUGUACGAAGGGUGGAUAGCGCUGUCUAAAGGAUAAAUCCAUAUCUAGUGGAUAAAUCAAUGCUCUUAUCCAAUAAAUUUAUCCAUUACCACUAUCUACCCUCCGUACAGCCGGGCUCAGAUGAAGAUAAGUAGCUUCUGCUUGAGAAGACUAUUUGUGCCAUAUAUAACGCGUUUCAUACCUUUUAGAUUAUGUUAAUUUUGUUAAAUAAAAGAUGGAAUCAUC